AAUCAGCGUACUUGAUCUUCUUUAGUGGGAGACGUACGACAAGGCCACCAAGAAUCGUAGAAAAUAUAAAACUGGCGACUGUCUUACUAAGAAAUCAAAGUUGAUUACAGUUUCAGAUCAAGUUCAGCUUUUCCCACGAUCAUGAAUUGUGCCGUAUUCCUUUUAGCAUGUUCUAUGUUGAUCGUAGCCAACGCAGCUCCAAAAGCUGGUGGUUAUGGUCUUGUAGGAGGAGGUAGUGGUUACUAUGGUGGCGGCUACAGACCAAACUAUUACGGUACAGGUUAUAGGGGUUACGGAGGUUACGGUGGCUACGGAGGUUUUCCCAGUUAUUCAGGAAACGGAGGAAGUUACAGACCUGGGUAUGGAGGAUACAGACCUGGAUAUGGCGGCUACAGCGGUUACGGAGGAAGUCCAAGUUAUGGUUUAGGAGGAUAUGACAGCUACGACUACGGUAGCAGUGGUCUUGGAGGUUAUGGUGGAUAUGGCUCUUCUAGCUUGGGAGGUUAUGGUGGUUAUGGAUCUUCUGGUCUAGGAGGCUACGGAGGUUAUGGUUCUUCUGGACUUGGAGGCUAUGGAGGAUAUGGAUCUUCUGGACUUGGAGGAUAUGGAGGCUACGGAUCUUCUGGACUUGGAGGUUAUGGAGGAUAUAGACCUGGCUAUGGAACAAACUUCUUGGGCUCUUCGUCUGGCCACUAUAAACGAUAAUAUGAUUGUGAUUCUCAUAGGAUUUAAUGUGUAAUUUAUUUUUAUCUGUAAAUAAAAUAAUGAAACGAA